UUCUUUCCUUUUAGGACUGUAAUGUCAUUGCACGCAGCCUGUCGUCUCCCAUUCCUCCAUCCCACGGCAUAUCGGUCACUCACAACGUCUUCUCGAUGUCUCAAGGGCAAUACUCGGAAACCUCGUCUCACUGCCUCAGGUAUGGGCGUUAUAAGUGAAAAAUCCAAGGAGAAGCGCGACUCAGCUCGCCAGUUAUUAGCUACAACAAAUCGCACGAAGUGGGAAGAUACGAACCGAAAGCUCGCUGCUUUGACUGGCAAGUUGCCAACAACCAAUGUUUACCUCUCUGCAAACUUCGAGCAGAGGCGCUUCUUGCUUGCGGAGGCCGCCGAAUGUUUACGGGAGGCUGCUCAGCCUGAAAUGUUUGACUGUUUGCAGAACCCAUUGAGAGCCAAGUUUACUUUGAACAUGCGAACAAAGAAAAAGACCAAGUUCCUGCAGAAAUUCGAGGGACAUGUUGUACUGCCGAACUCACUGGAUUUCUUGCCGAAAAGCCGUGUCAUUGCACUUUGCAAUGAUGCUGAGGAUGCAGCUCUAGCAGUGGAAGCUGGAGCUGUGCAUGCGGGAGGUACAGAACUAUUCACACGAUUAGAAAAUGGCUCACUUCACUGGGAGGAAUAUGAUACGGUCGUAGCGCAUACCGAUUGGGAGCCGACACUUAAAAAACUCCGUCAUGUCUUGAAGGAUAGACUGCCAACGAUGAGAAAUGGUCGAAUCGGAAGCGACGUAUUCACUCUCGUCACCACACAUUCUGUUGGUAUCAGCGUGGAAUCAACCGCCUUGGAAGGUGUCCCAGAAAUAGCUUUUCUGGAUGUGAUUAUUGGUCAGCUAGCUUGGGACGUGACUCGUUUGGAGACGAAUAUGCAAGCCUACUUUGAUACUAUUCAAUCCAACAAGUCCUCUCGUGUGUCAGGAAACGCUGUCUUAUCCGUCGAACUCUACUGUCCACCGACGGGCGAGCGUUUUCCCAUCGAUUUAACUCCAUAUCUACCUGUUUCAGGCUCUGCGGAAAUCUCAACGGCAGACGAUGAAAAUCUAGAAGAGGAACUGACACAAAAUGAUGAAUUCAACCAAGCGCUUACUGCCUAACCCUCUUUGUAGAUACUUUCUCAACUGUAUAUACACAAGAAAUGAG